CAUAAAUAUCUUCCAAAAGCAACACACAUAACAUGAUUCAUUGAUUCAAGAAAAAAUGAAUUCCAAAUGGACAUUUUUUCUAUUAGCCAUUGCAACAAUAUUAGUGAUAGGAAAUGCACAAACAUCAGUGAAGCCAUUGGUGAAAACGGUAAAGGGAAAGAAACUAUGUGACAAAGGGUGGGAAUGUAAAGGUUGGUCAGUGUAUUGUUGCAAUGAGACUAUAUCCGAUUAUUUCCAAACAUACCAAUUUGAGAAUUUGUUCUCGAAACGGAAUGAUCCAACGGCACAUGCUUCUGGAUUUUGGGAUUAUCGUUCUUUUAUUACCGCGGCUGCACUUUAUCAGCCUCUUGGAUUUGGUACUUCUGGUGGAAAGCAUGGUGGUCAGAAAGAGGUUGCUGCUUUCCUUGGUCAUGUUGGAAGCAAGACCUCUUGUGGUUAUGGGGUGGCUACUGGAGGACCCUUUGCAUGGGGCUUAUGCUACAAUAAGGAAUUGAGUCCUGAUAAAUUCUAUUGUGAUGACUACUACAAAUUAACCUAUCCAUGUAGUCCUGGUGCAGCAUACUAUGGCCGUGGCGCCAUACCGAUUUAUUGGAAUUACAACUAUGGAAAAAUUGGAGAAGCCUUGAAAGUGGAUCUAUUAAACCAUCCAGAAUACAUAGAACAAAAUGCAACAUUAGCCUUCCAAGCAGCACUAUGGAAAUGGAUGACACCACCAGAAAAACACAUACCUUCACCACAUGAUGUUUUUGUUGGAAAUUGGAAACCGACAAAAAAUGACACAUUGUCCAAAAGGGUACCUGGAUUUGGUGCCACAAUCAAUGUUUUAUACGGUGAUCAAGUUUGCGACCAAGGUUCUGAUAAUGAAGCAAUGAGCAACAUAAUUUCUCAUUAUCUUUAUUACCUUGAUUUAUUAGGAGUUGGUAGAGAAGAAGCAGGGCCUAAUGAGAUUCUCUCUUGUGCUGAACAAGCUGCUUUUAAACCUACUGGCUCACCUUCUUCUUCAACAACUUGAAGAGAGAUUUUUACUUGUUUGGUUGUGAAUUAAUCUUGCUUGGUUUAUUCUUGAGUCUUGCAAAAUCUAAUAUGUAUAGGUUAUUAUGAUGCUAUUAUCUCUUGGUUUUUAUGAUCGAUCACUAUAUGAUUUGAAUAUAUUUUUGGAACAAUGCAUAGAUUGAAUAUUUGAUCAUUAAAAAAAAA